AUGGCUCCUCCAAUAUUGAGGAAACUCACGGUGGUGCAAUACUCGCGAUUGGCGGAAAUCGAGUUGACGAGUACUCGAUUAAGAGAGAAGGAGCGCAGCUCGUUUAAUCGGAAUAUCAUAGCUUCGCGAAUUGAGUCUCUUCAAGAAAUUUGGAGGGAUGUGCGUAGUGCGCAUGCCGAAAUUUCAAUUCGUGACGAUGCUGGGGUUGACGCGUAUAUGACGGAUAACGUGAUUCAGCGAUUACAAACGGCGUACGAGGAUACGCUUGAUUUCCUGCUAACAGUACAAGCGGAACUACAGGCUGCGGAUCAGUCUACUUUACCGACUGGACCACCGAUAGCCAGUUCUUCAAUAACACCCGAGCCUCGUACAGCUAAGCUUCCGAAGUUAGAAUUACCUACGUUUUCCGGCGAAUACGAGGAUUGGGAAAACUUUUGUGACUUAUUUACCACGCUGGUUCACGAUGCACCCGGUCUUGCUGACGCGUCUAAGUUGCAAUACUUGAAAAAUUGUUUAAAGGGUACUGCGGCGGAGUUAGUCAAGGAUGUCACGACUACAAAUGCGAAUUAUACGACGACGUGGCAGGCUCUUAAGGCGCGUUUUCAUAAUCCGCGAUUGGUUGUGAAUAACCAUUUAAAGAGGCUCAUGGAUAUGCCAUAUUUAAAGAAAGAGUCCGCGAUAGAGUUACGUUCGUUUGCUGACGAAGCUCAGCGCAUAGUUCGGGCGUUAACGAAUUUACAAAUGCCAGUGAGUCAUUGGGAUGUAUGGUUCGUUUAUUUAUUGGCGGCUCGUUUGGACCCCGAAUCCCAAAAGGCGUGGGAGACGGAAUUGAGUGAGAGGGAUCGUCGCGUCGUAUUAGACAAUGUUGCGGAGUUAGACAAUUUAAAUCCACUUGAAAGAUUUCCGAAAUUCGUGGACUUAUCCGAAUUUUUGGAAAAGCGCGUUCAAGCGCUCAGCAUGAUUGCCUCAAAUGCUCCCAAAGCAGAGAAGAAGCCUUCUGCUUUAUCUAGAUCGGUACCGGGUUCGCGAAAGUGCAAGGAAAAACACCACUCCCUGAUUCAUUUCGAUCAGGCCAGUGGUUUGCAUUCAAAGGAGAAAGGUUCGGUUGAGCCACAUAGUGCACGCGAAGUCUUGCUUGCAACGGCUCAAUUGACGUUGGUGGGACCGCACGGGGCGCGGACUCGUGUGCGGGCCUUGUUAGAUCAAGGAUCCCAGAGCUCUUUUGUGUCUGAGGCGGUCGCUAACUUGCUAGGUUUAGAGAAGCGCCGUAUUGACGUUCCUUUGUUGGGUCUCGGUGCGAGGUCUGCAGGCACUGCUCGUAUGACUACGAGUUUCGAAGUGCAUUCCUUGGUUGACCCGUCGUAUCAAAUUGAGGUGGAAGCUCUGAUUCUUCCGAAGCUCACGUCGCAGCUUCCCGCUAGAUGUGCUAUGGCUUUGGAUAUCGAAAUGUUCGCGGGAUUAUCAUUGGCUGACCCGCAAUUUUAUGUGCCGGGAUCAGUUGAUAUUAUUUUUGGCGCGGAUAUCUACGGGCAACUAUUGCGAUCGGGGUUGCGAAGUUUUCCUUCUUCGUCUCUGGUUGCACAAAAGACAGUCCUCGGCUGGAUUGUCUCCGGCCCUGUGCAUUCGGACGGUUCACGGCGGGCGGUCGAUCAUAAAUCAAUGCCGCUUCAAAUGCUACACAGUGCUGCAGAGCAGGACUUAGACCAGUCGUUACAACGGUUUUGGGCCUUGGAGGAGUUACCCACGGUCACUUCAACGUUAAAGCCAUUAGAUGAAGCAUGUGAAAAGCUAUUUAGGGAAUCGCAUGUUCGCAAUUCUGACGGUCGAUUCGUUGUGCAUCUCCCUUUAAAGUCUGAGCCUCCUGCUGCCGGUCCGGAAACAAAACGUAUGGCCAUGGGCUCACUUGCCCAUAUGUAUCGUCGGUUUGCUCGCGAUCCGAAAUUAGCUUUGGCAUAUCGCGAAUUUAUGACGGUCUACGAAAAUUUGGGACAUAUGGAGCGAGUUCCCGCGUCGGAACUUGAUGAUUCGCGUGCAUGGUAUUUACCUCAUCACGCGGUUGUACAAUCUACACCGUUGAAAUGGAAGAUUCGGGUGGUUUUUGAUGCGUCGCGAAAGACCCGCGAUGGGCACUGUUUGAAUGAUUUUCUCUUGGCGGGACCUGCUCUUCAGCGUGAUCUUUCGUUGAUUUUACUAAAUUGGCGUCGGUACCGUUUCGUGUUUACCGCGGACGUGGUCAAGAUGUUUAGGCAAAUUUGCGUUGCGCGUAAUGAUCAGGAUUUGCAGCGAAUAGUAUGGGCUCCUAGUUCUUCGGAGAUGCCGGUGGUAUAUCGUUUGACCACCGUCACGUAUGGGACGGCGUGUGCUCCCUAUCUUGCGAUACGUACGCUCCUGCAGUUAGCGGAGGAUGAGAAAUCGCGUUUUCCACUCGGAGCUCAAUGCUUGGAAUUCAAUACGUACGUGGACGACACGUUUUCGGGUGCGGACGAACUCUCAAUCGCGUUGCGUACUAGACAGGAGCUCAUUGAACUUCUGAAGUCGGCGGGCGUCGAGCUUGAUAAGUGGGCCGCGAAUCAUUCUGAUUUGUUACCUCCUAACGCGCAACAACCCGGGAAGGAGGAAUCGAAAUCGAUAAAUCUAGAUGAGUCGGUUAAAACGCUGGGGGUUCAGUGGAAUCCACAUCACGAUGAGUUUCGUUUCACCACGUCAGGUUUUAAAGAUUUGUCCAGAGAGGUGACCAAACGGGUCGUCCUUUCAAAUAUUGCGCGCUUGUUUGAUCCGCUGGGGUGGUUGGCUCCGGUCACGAUAAGCGCCAAAAUCUUAAUGCAGGAUCUUUGGAUUCUGAAGGUCGGCUGGGAUUCCGUUUUACCGGUGGAAGUACAGGAUAGAUGGAGUGAAUAUUGUAAUUCACUUUCGGCCAUGCCUGCAUUGUCAAUUGAUCGAUGGUUGGGAGCCUCUUGCGAUUCGGGUUCGCAAAUUCACGGGUUUUCCGACGCUUCAUCCCGCGCUUAUGCGGCGGCGGUUUAUAUUCGAAUUAACGAAGCAGAUGAUCGUUUCCGUGUCGUACUUUUAGCUGCCAAAAGUAAGGUUGCUCCGAUAAAGACCGUGAGCAUUCCAAAUCUCGAACUGUGUGGAGCGAUGUUGCUUGUUAAGCUUCUUCGUCACGUGCGGAAGCUUGAUUUUUUGCAGAGUAUACCAGUAUUUGCAUGGUCAGACAGUCAGAUUGUUCUGAUGUGGCUUCGGAAACACCCAUGCCACUGGAAGACUUUCGUGGCAAACCGGGUGUCCUUUAUCCAGACAGAGAUGCCGGGUGCUAAAUGGGCACAUGUGCCUACUGGAGAAAAUCCUGCGGAUUUGGCUACGCGUGGAUGUAGGCCUGCAGACUUGGUUGAGGCACGUCUGUGGUGGCAUGGGCCUGAUUGGCUUGCGAUGCACGAGGAGCAUUGGCCCAAGGUGGCACUGGCUCCGCAGGUUUUGCUUGUGAAGGCGACUCCGAGUGAUCCGGAGAUUCUGACUAAAUUUUCCUCAUUGACUCGGCUAAUUCGCGUGGUGGCUUAUUGUCUGCGCCCAUUAGUUGGCUUGCGAAGGCGCAAGGGUAACCUUCCUGCAUUGCCGGAAUUUUUGACUGCGUCAGAGUUGUCUGGCGCUCGGAUUGCUUUGAUUAGGUUAGCACAGACGCAUGCUUUUGACGCAGAGAUUAAGUUACUGCAGAUGGGAAAGAGUUUGGCAAAGCGUAACCCGCUACUUAGUUUGGAUCCGUUUUUAGACAAGUCGGACGGUAUUUUGCGUGUUGGAGGCCGUCUUGGGAAUUCGGUGCUGUCACAUGAUCGUAAGCAUCCGCCUAUCUUGCCACGUCGUUCGCCGCUUAGUCGGUUAUUUGUGCGAUAUGCACAUCGUGCUUGUCUUCAUGGUGGACCUACGCUCACUUUGUGUACCGUGAUGCAGCAUGCGUGGAUUCUAGGCAGGAAUCGUCUAGUGAAAACUGAAAUUCGUCACUGCGUCGUCUGUCAGCGAGUGAAACCCCGAUUAGCAUGGCAAAUGAUGGGUAGUCUUCCGGCCACGCGGGUAACGCCGGCUCGGCCGUUUCUAUCUGCAGGGUUAGAUUAUGCCGGUCCGUUUCAGGCCGCGGAUAAGGAGUUGCGCGCUAUGUUCUCAGCUGCUUCUACCUUUUAUAAGUGUGUUGCAGCUACUCUUGCCAAUGACGGAACUUCUUGGAAAUUUAUUCCUCCGAAUUCACCCCACUAUGGCGGUUUAUGGGAAGCGGGUGUCAAGUCGGUGAAGCAUCAUUUGAAGCGAGUGAUCGGUGAUCGACCUCUGACCUUUGAGGAGUUUUCGACCGUUCUGGUAGAAAUUGAAGCGUGUUUAAACUCGCGUCCGCUUUAUCCGCUUAGUAAUGAUGUGGAGGAUUUGCAAGUUUUAACACCUGCACAUUUUCUCGGCAUUGCCUCUGGGUUAAUUCCAGAGGACGCUCCCCCUGAUGUGUCUGAGAAUCGUUUGGAACGAUUUCAGUUACUUCAGGUGAUUAGAAAUAACUUUUGGAAGCGAUGGUCCCAGGAAUACCUGCAAUAUUUGCAGGAGCGUGCGAAAUGGCGAGGGCCAGCCGAGAAUUUUGCGGUCGGUCAGUUAGUACUUGUGCGUGAUGAUCGGUAUCCGCCUUCAAAAUGGCCUCUUGGUCGCGUGACUGAAGUCCACCUCGGUCCGGAUGGAUUAGUAAGAGUGGUCACCGUUCGAACGGCCACGUCUAGUUUAAGGCGGCAUGUUGCUCGGUUAUGUCCGCUAUUGCUAGAGCAGAAUCCAUCUACGGCUGGCGCGGAUGGUACGGCUGCCUAG